AUGGGCAGGCGCCGCCGGGCACGGGAGCCGCCCGCCCGGCCGCCGCCGCUGCUGCUGGCGCUGGCGCUGGCCUCCUUCUCGGCGCUGCUGCUCGCCUCGCUCAGCCUCCUGCUGGCCAAACUGCUGUCGGAGGAGCUGGACCCGGUGGUGCUCUCCUCCAGCUGGAACAACCAAGGGAAGUUCCUGCACCAUUUUGCCCAGCAGGGGGCGCUGCGGCAUCGAAGGCAAGCCGAGAAGGGGAAACGGGUUCGGCCUUGCCGAACGGGAAACAUCUGCGCCGCCCACUACGAAGAUGCCAACGGGACCAUCCGCGGAUGGGCGGAAGCCAAGCUGAACGCCACCAACCCCCUGCGCUACGACAACAGCCGCGGAGAGUUCACAGUGGUCAAAAGGGGCCUGUACUACCUGUAUUGCCAGGUCCACUUCAACGAGGGGAAGACGGUCUACAUGAAGCUGGACGUGAUGUUGAGCGGCCAGCUGGCCUUGCGCUGUUUGGAGCAGUUCCCCCCCACCAGCUCCGGACCCCAGGAGGCCGAACUCCACGUCUGCCAGGUGUCUGGUCUGCUCCUCCUGCGUCCCGAAGCCUCCAUCCGUUUGCGCACCAUCCCGGAGGUCCGUCUGAAGGCUGACCGCUACCUCACCUAUUUCGGCCUCUUCCAGGUCCACUGA